AUGGCGGCCGCCGCAGCUGCUGCUGUCUUGUGCAGAUUCUUGAAUGUGAGGGCUUUUGUAUUCCUUCUCCUAAUCUCCUUUGUGCAUUCACUAUCAUUUGAUCUGCAACCCAUAGUUCCUGCCGAUACAAAUUUGCGCAUCAAAGUCGAAGGAGAUGCAUCUAUCACAACCCAGGGACUCCAACUCACACCAUAUGAUCGCAAAGACGUGCUGAAUUACAACGCCGCCGGUAGAGCCAGGUACAAUAAUGGUUCCUUGCACCUAUGGGACAAGGCUACUAGAGAAUUGGCUGAUUUUACCACCCAUUUCACUUUCAACAUCGACUCAGACGGCAAUGCUAGCUUUGCUGAUGGACUGGCCUUUUUCCUUGCGGAUUUUAAGGCCACAUUCAACAAAACUGCCACGCUUGGUGGCGGCCUUGGCCUUAUGGAUACCACUCUAGUAAAAAGCCCAGAGCCUUUCAUUGCUGUGGUGUUCGAUACCUUCUCAAACGAGGAUAAUGCCCCUGAGACAAGUGUAAGUAUCAACCUCGGAUCUUGGAACCAAUCUGCCAAUAGCACAAGGUGGCUCAAUGACGUUGAAAGGGGGAAGGACAAUAAUGCUUCCAUUACAUACACUGCUAGUUCCAAGAUGCUCCAGGUUGUUUUCACUGGAUUUUCUGAUGGUUACCGCUACACAGACAGCCUUAGCUAUGAGGUUGAUCUGAGAGAUUACUUGCCCGAAUUCGUUAGCAUUGGCUUCUCAGCUGCAACAGGAUAUUUCUUUGAGAAAAACACUGUAAGCUCGUGGCGGUUCAAUUCCACUCCACUCACCUCGGACACUACUGUUUCUCCUCCGCCAGCUCCAAGUCCUUCUAAGGGAACACACUCAUCACAUCCACCUCCCACUAUCCAAAACCAGGGAAAGAAUAACCAGAGGAAAGGAAUAGAGAUAGCAGGGUUGAGUAUUGCUACUCUCGUUUUACUUCUUCUGCUGCCUUUAGCCAUCUAUAUCUGUUUCAAGAAGAGAUGGGCAGCAAAAGGAGAUAAUCAGAUUACUCUUGGUCGCCCAAUGAAUGAUGAUAAUACUCAGAUUAUUAUCGAUGGGGCAAUGGACAAUACUCAGGUUGCUCUAGGUCGGGCUAUGGACGGUGAAUUUCAGAAGGUAGGCAGUGGAGCUAAAAAGUUCUCAUACAGUGAAUUAGCAACUGCAACUAACAAUUUCUCAGAGGAGCAGAAGCUUGGAGAAGGAGGAUUUGGUGGCGUUUAUUCAGGUUUCUUAAGUGAUUUAAAGUUGAAUGUGGCUGUGAAGAGAGUAUCUAAACAGUCUAAACAGGGAGUCGAGGAAUACGCAACAGAAGUAAAGAUCAUCAGUCGAUUGAGACACAGAAAUUUGGUACCACUUCAUGGUUGGUGUCAUGACAAAGGAGAGCUGUUGCUUGUUUAUGAAUACAUGCCAGGAGGCAGCUUAGACUCCCAUCUCUUCAAGAGAAACUCACCCUUGAGUUGGAGGCUGAGGUAUAAAAUUGCACAAGGCUUAGCCUCAGCAUUGUCCUAUCUGCACGAAGAGUGGGAGAAAUGUGUAUUGCAUAGGGAUAUUAAGUCUAGUAAUGUCUUGUUGGAUUCAAGUUUGAAUGCUAGACUGGGCGAUUUUGGGUUGGCCUGGCUCGUUGACCAUGAAAACGCAGCCGAAAAAACUUAUUUGGGAGGGACAGUAGGGUAUGUAGCCCCAGAAUGCCACUUCACAUUCAAAACCAGCAAAGAAUCAGAUGUCUACAGUUUUGGAAUCGUUAUAUUAGAAAUUGCAUGUGGACGAAGAUCAAUUUUUCCCAAUGAACCAGAAGGUGUGAAAAGCCUGGUGGAUUGGGUUUGGGAUUUGUAUGGAAUGGGAAAGCUACUUGAGGCUGCAGACUCUAAGCUGUGCGAAAACUUUGAUGAGCAAGAAAUGGAGCGGCUAAUAGUUAUAGGGUUGUGGUGUGCUCACCCCGACAAUAACUCUCGCCCGAGCAUAACCCAAGUUGUGCAUUGCCUAAAAUUCCAAUUCCAAUUGCCCAUCCUUCCACCAAAGAUGCCGAAGCCAGUUUACUCAACUUGUACAAGUGCGGUCUCGUUGUUUUCAGCUUCAUGUUCCUCUGGAACCGAACCAUUUGACAGACAGGAGUUUGAGUACCAUACCAAUUCCAGCCGCGACAACACACGUUUAACCUCGUCUUCAGUGUCUGGAGGCUCUUCAACAUCUGCCUCACUUCCACAGAUAUUCUGAAGCUACCAAAUUUCCUGUCUUCUACCAUACUCGGUUAAAACCUUUGCAUUUUCUGUAAUGGAUUUCUGUAUGUUUGUUUGCUUUGAAUUCAUAUGUGCUUAGCUUGUUUAAUGUCUUAGAUGAACAUUGAUAUCUCUGUACCUAUUUUGUAAUUUGCUGUUAAUUGUUAUUGUAGUUUUGUGAU